UUCAGAUAAUUAUAUUCUAUUUAACUUUUCACUACUUGUCUUAUACAGGUAUAGAUCGAUAACAAACUAUAAAUCUACAAGUGAUUUCUAUUAUUUCAGCAGGUGAACUCAUUCACUCCAGGGAAGACCGAAUUUCUAAUUAUCAAUACAUUCCAUUAAGAACAUGGCACAACUUGAACCAGGUCCCAUUUGCAAUUCUGUUCUUAACCGACAACAGCUUCAUAGAUCUACUCGAGUUUGGGAAGGAUCUCGUCGAAUAAAUAAAUCCUUAAAGUGUUGCAGAUAUGAUAGUUCAUUUUGGAGCGCAAAAAACGAAUUUGAUGAUAGGGUUAUGACAUACAUUCAAUUGGCAGGUUUUGAUGGGUUGUCGAGAUUGGAAAGGAUACAUUUGGAUUGGUCUUUGAUCACUGCAAUGGUGGAGAGAUGGCGCCCAGAAACUCAUUGUUUCCAACUUCCAUUUGGGGAAGUCACCAUCACAUUGCAAGAUGUGGAGAUUCUUUUAGGACUGCGCAUUGAUGGCAUGCCAGUGACAACUGUCCAAAUGAGAACAAAAGAUGAAUGGUCUGACAUAUGUCAUGACCUCCUCGGCAUUAGGCCUAACAGUAACUCAAUUUCCGGGAGCUCUCGUUUGGUAAUGACAUGUCUAAAGAACCCGACACCACUAACAGAGCAUUCAACUGAUGAAGACGUGCAACGCAUGGCCCGACUACAUAUCAUGCAAUUACUAGGUGGAACGUUAUUUCCUGACAAGUCAAACAACAUGGUGAGACUAUGUUUCUUAGACCACAUCAGAGAUUUGCGUAGUGCCAACAACUACAGUUGGGGAAGUGCUGUUCUUGCUUUUUUGUAUCGAAGCAUGUGCAGGGCAGCCAUGGGUAAUGCUAAUCAAAUUAGCGGUGCACUCAUUCUUCUUCAAUUGUGGGUUUGGGAGCGUAUCACCUUAUUCUCUCCGAACAUACACUCCCUCCCUCAGGACCUAAUAGAUCGACCUAGAGCUGCCAGGUGGUGUACUUCUAAAGAAUUUGGCGAUGUAGCCAGUCAUGUAUUAAAAGUUUACAGGGAUCAAAUUGACAAUAUGAAAGAGGACAGUCAUUUUAAAUGGAGACCAUAUGAAAACGAGUUGGAUGAGUUACCAGAUUAUUGCAAAGCAGGGAAGCACGUCUGGAUGACGAAGUCUCCUCUGAUCAUGUAUGAGAUUGUAGAGUGGCACUUACCAGACAGAGUUCUCCGCCAGUUUGGGAAGUUCAAGCAGCCGCCCCCGGCCAACUUUGACACCGGAGUAGACUUGCACAAGAUUGAUGGGAGAGGGAAAAGGGGCACAGACUGGAGCACUAGGCACAUGAAAUACUUGUUUGAAUGGGAAAGCCGCGAAGAAAAUGUCGUGAAUGCGGUGGCUGAUGAUGAUAAUGACCAAACGUGGUUAGAAGAAUACGAGAGAUGGUAUAGCUUGAUUGCACGUCGUGUCAUUACCAACCCAGUCCACCGUCCUGAAAGAGGAUUCAUGCCUUUAGCGUCAAAGCUAGAACACUUGGUGAGGGUUACGCAUAAGAUAAGUGGGAUGGCCAGAGAGGGUUUGGAGAAAGCUGGAAAUGCAGGUGAAGGCUAUGCUGCCAUUGAGGAAGCGUGUGUUAAAGCUUUGACCCUCAUAGGGGAAGAUAGGAGAGUUGAAAUUCAACCCAAUGAUGACAUCCGGCCACAGGAUGAUGAUGAUAAUGGUGGUGGUGCUCCGCCAAGGCAUGAUGCUCGCCGUGAGCGGCGCAGAGAGCCGGGCAACGACCCCCGGCCUAGAAGAGGUGGGAGGAGGAAGAAGGGGAAAAUGGAGGCUAUAUGGGACUUCUGUAUCAUUGAGGACAAGCUAGGAUCAAGCUUCCAGUGUCGCUCUCUGCCGCCGCCCCUCCCUGUUAUCGGUUUUCUUCUUGGAUUCUCCAUGACUGGCUCUUCUGAUGAUGUUCUGGCUGUGAGGCCAAUUCUUCUUGCAAACAUCCCAUUCCAGCGGCUCGCUGCACGCCAUUCUUCUCGCAAACAUUGCGUUCCAGCGGCUCGCAGAUUAUCCCUUCACCAAAAUGAAAUGGAGCACUUAGUUCGGAGUUCAAACGGAGAUGGCGAGAAGCGAUUCGCAGAAGCAACUGCUAACUCUGAUUCGUGA